AUGACUAUCAACUCGAGCUGUUGCUCUUGCAACUCUGGCCAGCAACGAUGGGCCAAAUCCAACGAGCCUCGCAGCGCCACUGCGCCUUUCCGAAUUGAUAUGCACACGCAUAUUAUGCCGCCAAAUUUACCCGACUUCUCCAAGUUAUACGGGUCAACAGAAGAGAAUGGAGAAGGCUGGAUGACACUUCGGUCACAUUAUGUCUCUACUGGUGGAGUUUCUGAUCUGACUGGCGCGGAAUUAAACAAAGUCGAUAUGUACGUUGGAGAGAAGUUCUUCAGGACGGUAGAGCCAAACUGUUUUGACCCUGUCGUCCGUAUGAAAGAAAUGGAUGCCACGGGGGUAGAUGUCCAGGUCAUCAGUACCGUACCUAUCCUUUUUUCAUACGACAAACCGAUCGAACCCGCUGCGGCAUUGGCCCGUUACUUGAACGAUCAUAUCGCGUCAGUCUGCCGAGAUAACCCACAAAGAUUUGUUGGACUUGCUACGGUUCCACUGCAAGAUGUCUCUAGUUCGGUGGCUGAACUUCGACGAGCAAAGUCUGAGCUAGGGCUGAAGGGUGUUGAAAUCGGGACCGAGAUUAAUGGUUGCUCUCUCGAUGACCCCAAAUUCGAUCUCUUUUGGGCUGCAUGCGAAGAACUGGACAUGCCUAUCUUUGUACACCCUUUGGGCUAUGAGUUAGAACGGGAAAACAAGAGCCGAUGGGGCAACUACUGGUCUGCAUGGCUAAUUGGAAUGCCAAGUGAGACUGCACUCUCGAUCCACACCAUUCUUUCAUCCGGCGUUUUGGUACGACACCCAAAACUACGCUUCUGCUUUGCACACGCUGGCGGUGCAUACUUGCCGCUUCUGGGGCGAAUCCAGCACGGCUACGAUUGUCGACCAGACCUGGUAGCCCAUCGUUCUGAAGGUGUAUCUCCACAGAACUAUCUCGAGUCACACCAGCACAAUAUUUGGAUUGAUAGCUUGGUACAUGAUCCGGAUCUACUGCAGCUUAUUUGCAAGAAGAUCGGCCCGAACAGGAUUGUUAUGGGGAGCGACUACCCUUUCCCGCUUGGCGAAAUGCCUAAUCCAGGUGAGAUGUUAAGUAGUGAUGCAAAGGUGGGCGAGUUAUUUUCCAGCGAGACGAGGGCACGCAUGCUUGCGGGUAAUGCGAUUGAAUUUCUAGGAUUGGGGGAUAUGUACCAGGAGCAUAAGAUUUAG